AUGGGUCUCUUCGACGGACGUUCCUAUUCCGCAAGCGAUGCAGGAUAUCUCGGAGUCCCGCGCUCGCAUUCGUACCAAGGGGGAGGAGGGGGAGGAAGCCACUCCCGCGGCGUCUCCCCAGCACGAAGCACCCGCAGCGCCAAAAGCAGCGGCACCGGGGCAGCAGGAGGCAAUUACUACGUCCGCCCCAGCGCGACGCGAUCCACAUCCAGUUCGUGGUUCGGCGGGAACAACAACAACAACUACUACGGUUCUUCCCGAGGGGUUUUCGGCUCGUCGGGGAGCUCGUCGUACUAUAAGAGACGACCGAGGGAUGGGUAUAUUUCCUAUCUGAUGCACAGACUGCAGCGCAUGAUCAAGGAGCUGUGGUAUUACGCGCGGAGACACCCGGUGAAGGCUUUCUUCGCGGUUGUCGUGCCGUUGCUGAGCGCCGGGGGUGCUAUCCAUGGGCUUCUAAGGCAGUUUGGGAUUAGGGUUCCCGGGUUGGAUGGGGGAGCUAGUAGGCAUUCUGGAGGCUAUUAUGGUAGUUCUGGAUAUGGUGGGAGAGGCGGCGGCGGCGGUGGAGGAGGUUGGAUGAACAACGCGAGUGGCUUGAUGCAGAUCGCCAAGGCGUUUAUGUGA